AUGCCAUCGAGCUACUAUUACGUCUUCCACGCUCCUCCUCCCGCUCCCGAAACUGCUCAUUCCUCCAGAUCAGCGGUCGCUUCAGAGCCUGACACCACACUGUUCGAAAGUCUGGCGAAUUGGUCGCAACAGGUCGGUUCCACGGUCAAGUCGGCCAUUCCCCCGAUCAACUCUUUGAUUGAGGCUGCGUCUGCAGAAGCAUCCAAGCUCGCCGACUCUUCCUCGAGGCUCGUACAAUCGAGCCUAUCCCCUUCCAGCGUGACGUCUUGGUUUAGCCCUCCGUCGUCCGAGACCGAAAGGAACUCUUCGGUGCCUGCGCAGGCCUCUGUCGCACCCAUCGCUUCCAAGACGCAGCAAGUCAAAGAGCCGGCCGACGCGAACGCUCCGCGCACCACCACUUUCACCUUCUGCCUAUUCGGAGCUGCCUCGACUGCAGCUGUCUACCUCCUGAUCCGCAAUCGGCGCACGAUGAACCGCCUUCAGAGUGCCAAAAGCCUUGCAUACCGCGAUGCCCGUGCUUGGCGCCGCGUGGCUCUGGACUUCGCCAGGAUCAACGCACUUUCCGCCAGUCGUGUUCAGAACCUGGUCGCUGCUUCGCUCCGAGACGGCAACGCCGGCGCUGAUGUUGGACGACAGAUCGAACGCGAGCUCAAAGAAGCCACUCGUGCGGUCGCGCAGCGUCGCAACUGGAUCCAAGAACAGGAUCGCAAGGACGCAGAGUCGACUACAUCUGCAAGCUCUCUGCGCAGCUUUGGAGACGGCUGGGGCGACGUCCUUGACCCCCACGGUACCGGAUUCUUCUUUGGAUCUCGUGCCGGCAGACUAGGCUCGGACCUAGGAGAGUAUGGCCGUUGGAAGCCAAAACACUCCUCCAGACACGACGAUGUGUCUGAAUCGGCGAGCGAUGGACUCGCUUUCAAGUCGUCCCAGCCUUGGUCCCGCUGCACACCUUCGGACUCGGACGCCGGCACUGCUACCACCGAGCGUAGCGCCGCCCAGCUCAAGUGGCAGAGGGUGACGGGUCAUACGGCUGCCGAGGUCCCCAUUGCAGCUUCGUCCCAGUCUGGAGCCGAAGAUUCGUCGGCAAAGGCAUCGGCUUCGUCCUCUGAGGCAGAAAUCGAGUCGGCGGCUCGCGAGGAGUGGAUCGGUGAUGUGGACCGUGCCAUUCGCGAACGCGACCUCCGAACGUCUCAGACGACGACGACGACGACGACGGGAAGAACGGAUCAAGCUGCCGUCGAUGCUUUCUCGCGCAGUGAAUCUGAGCCGGUCCUUGACGUCGGUGAGCGUAAUGCGCUUCGGAACGAAGCAGGGCGAGAUGCUGCUGUUGAGGACGAGCAUCAUCUUCUGCCUGUCUCAGACUUGUACAUCGCUACCAACGGGCAGAUGCGCGACACUCUGGAAGCACCGAUCGAGCGAGUUACAGCUGUGCAAAAGACAAAGAAAGCCAAGAUUGGUGCAGCGCAGCUCAAGACCACGGUCACCAGCGACGACAAAACCGUUUACCCAAUUUCGGACCAGUUCCGAGACCUUCAAGACAUUUUCAUCGCUGCUUGGGAUGGCAACUUUGCCGGGUUGACUCAUCCUGCGAGCGCGGCAGAGAUCUCCUCUACUUCGAAGCCAGACGAUUCGGUUCAGAGCGUCAAAGCGAAUCCCAAUCGAGCACUUUUCGAGCGAUUGCGCUCCGACAAGGCGAAAAAGGAUGUCGCCAAGAAUGAUUCCGAUGCAACCUCCACUACCGCUGAAGAGAUCGAGUUCAUGGCCGAAUUGAUGUUCCCAUCCUCUGUUAAACAAGACUCACCCGCUCCAUUCGAGCUUACUUCCCUGCAGCCCGAGAUUGGGGCUUCUCCCGAUACUCGGGAAGAGGAGUUGACGAAAAAGCUGGAACAGAAGCAAUCCGAGCUGACCGACUACAAGCGCCGACUCAACGAGCUCUCGGAGCGUCUGGACUCGAUGCGAGACAUGUGUCACGACCUCACCGACGAGGCGACGAGGCGCGAAAAGACGCACAGGAUCCAAGUCGAACAGCUCGAUCACAAGAUCGGUCUCUUUACAGUGUGGGCAGAGGAGGUGCAACGAAGGCUGGGCCUUGAGACGCCUCCUUUCUUUGCCUCGCUUAGACAGCCGCUCAAGCGCGAUUAA